AUGCAGGUGCCCGACACCGCUCGCCGGCAACUGGAGUUGAUGGCAUCCCUUCCGGUCCUGCGUGCCGAGAUCGCGCGCCUGAAUGCCCCCCAGACAUUUGUGCAGUGCGCCAAAGCGGAGCGUAAGCUCUUGAUCAUGGAGCGCGAGCUGGAGCGCCUGGCUGAGGUGGAGGUGCGCUGA